AUGGCGGCCACGACGAACUGGACUCCAUCGGCGGCGAGGAACUGUAUCGGCACGGAGGCCAGGAACAGCGGAGUCAAAGAGGCGGCCGAAAGGACCAUGGCCAUGACCAUGGGCAAUGUUACGGCGAACACGAGGCCCAAGGUGCUCGAAGACGCUGCGGCGUUGUCCAUGGUGGCCGUGGUGGCGGAUUGGGCCACGGCGAACUCCGUCGACGCGGCGAAGGGCGAAGAACAAGCCACGAGCGAUGUGAGACGAUCCGUACGGACGGAUGAAAUCAUCUGUAGAAGGGCGGCUGUUGAUGUACUAGCAUAG